AUGGAUCCGAAGAAGAAGAUGAUGAAGAAGAAAAAAGAGAAAGCAAAGGUCAGCAAAUCACAAUCAGUCACGUGUCCCUCUUUCUCAAAGAAGGAUUUGGUAAUCACAAGUCCCUCUCACUCAAACAUGGAUUUGCAAGAAGCAAUGAAGAAGCAAAGCGACGUGGCUAUGUUCCUUACGGGAAAAGUAAUCUCUGCGGUAGCCAGAAACUCUAACUUUGUCUUCUCUCCGGCAUCAAUCUACGCCGUACUCACCAUGGUCGCUGCUAGCAUCGAAGAAGAAACAUUGAGAUCAGUGGCGAAUCUAGGAUUUAAUUUAACAGGGGUCAAGAUAUCAAGUCAAAUAAAGGCUUAUGAUGGUUUAUGA